CAUCUCCCUCCCCAGCAUUUGUCCCCAAUAACCACAUUACUUUUGAAGCUUGAAAAAUUUGUAUAAAAAAAAGCUUAAAUUUUAAUUUUCUAUAUCAAAAAACCCAUAAGACUGCAACCGCUUCGCCCCUCCUCGAUUCACUCUUGUACCCUCUCUCUCUCUCUCUCUCUCUCCUUGACGGAAAGAUGCGACGGGGUUUCACGACGUCGCUUCUUUUAAUCGCCAUCUUCGUCGCCCUUAUACGCUCCUACGUCCACCUCUUCGGCGACCUCCUACUCCCCUACGCCACCCUCGACGGCGACGACGCCGGCGCCCCGCCUCCUCCACCGGCGGCCUUCCCCCUCAACGCCAACCUAACCCAGCCACUCUCCCACCGCCCCAACUUCGCCGUCCGCGAGCUCCUCCGCCACCCGUCAGCCCGCCUCUCCCCUCCUCCGCCGGAGUCCAUCCUCUUCCCCGACUGGGAGACCCUCCUCGUCCUCCCCCUCCACUCUGCCGCCAUCGCCUCCGCCGGCAAUCAUCGAAACCUCUCCUGCCUCUUCCACAACGGUGCUGUCUCCCCCGCCGGCUUCGUCGGAACCCUCCCCACCUCCCCCGCCCGCGCUGCCUUCCGCUGCCCCAUUCCCAGCAGCAUCCGCCGCCUCCGCGCCUUCUACACCCCUCGCCUCAUUGACCCCGCCGCCGCCGCCGCCGCCCCCGAAUCCGAUGGCCACGAUCCGCAGUCCGAGAUGAUCCGGUGGACCCGCCUCGCCUACGAAGCCGUUUCCACCCCCACCGACAUUGUCGUCUUCGCCAAGGGCGUCAACACCCGCUUGGGCGUCAACCGCCCCCCUUCCGACCUCCGCUGCCUCUUCUCCUCCUACGCAAGCGGGGACGACGCCCCCGUCGCCGCCACCCCCGCCGCCAGCUCGGCCCAGGAGGUGUUCCGCUGCCCCCACCCCGCCGCCACCGCCAUCGCCGCGAAAUCAAGAACCGGCGAGGCCCUCCGCGUCUCCCUGGAGAUCGCGGCCGAGGGCAUCCAAAUCCCCUCCCUGGCCAAUUACCCCUGGCCACCUGUCGCCCGGCGCACAACUGAAGGCCGUGCGCUAAUCUGCGCGUGUACAAUGGUCCGCAACGUCGCCAAAUUCCUUGCGGAGUGGAUCGUCUACCACUCGGCGAUCGGCGUCGAGCGAUUCUUCCUCUACGACAACGGCAGCGACGACGGCUUGCACUCGGUGGUGGGCCGGCUCGCCUCGGAUGGGUUCAAUAUCUCGACCCGGUUCUGGCCCUGGCCCAAGACCCAGGAGGCCGGCUUCUCCCACUGCGCCACCGUGAACCGGGACACCUGCACCUGGAUGGCCUUCAUCGACGUGGACGAGUUCAUCUUCUCCCCGGCCUGGGCCGGGUCCGAAUUACCCAACCGGACCAUGUUGGGUUCCCUCGUGGCAGUCCGACGGAACGUGGGGCAGGUCUCAAUGCGGUGCUUCGACUUCGGGCCGUCGGGUCUGCGGGCCCACCCGAGAGAUGGCGUAACGCAAGGUUACACGUGCCGCCGUAGGAAGCUAGAGCGGCACAAGUCACUGGUGCGGCUCGACGCGGUGGACGACUCGCUGGUUAACUCGGUUCACCAUUUCGAGCUGAAAACCGGCUUCGGGACGAGGCGGACCGGGGUUUCUGCGGCCAGGGUGUACCAUUAUAAGUACCAGGCGUGGGAGGAGUUUAAGGUGAAGUUUAGGAGGAGGGUUUCGGCUUACACGGUGGAUUGGACGGAGACGGUGAAGCUGCGUUCCAAGGACCGGACACCCGGUCUGGGGUUUGAGCCGGUCGAGCCGAAGGGUUGGGCCAAUAGGUUCUGCGAGGUUAAGGAUUCCCGGCUCAGGGAUGUGAACCGGAAGUGGUUCCGCGUGGAGGGACCCAACGAGGACUUUAGGAUGGCGUGGGAGUGGGAUGGCAGGAGAGAGAGAACGAGAGAGAGGGAGAGAGAUUCAUUUUCUUAAAAGAGUAAUACUAAAUGGAUAGAGUUGGGGAAUAGAAAACCGAUAAAGGGAGGGACAAAGGUGUUAUGGAGAAUUUUUGUCGUUGUUGUUGUUGUUAUUAUUAUUGUUAUACACAAGUAUACUUGAUAUUUGUAAAAAGAAAUAUUUUUUUAUACACAAAUGUUGUUAUACACAAAUGUUGUUAUACACAAAUGUUAUUAUA